UGAUGGAGUUAACUUGGUAAUGCUGCUGUAUCUUCAGGACUGAAGGGGACUUACCAAGGCUUAACAGCCACCGUGUUGAAACAAGGCUCCAACCAGGCCAUCCGCUUCUACGUUAUGACUUCACUGAGGAACUGGUACAAAGGGGAUGACCCGAACAAAGCCAUUAACCCCUUGAUAACUGGACUGUUCGGAGCGGUUGCUGGUGCUGCCAGUGUGUUUGGAAACACUCCCCUGGAUGUCAUUAAGACCAGAAUGCAGGGUCUCGAAGCUCACAAGUAUAAAAGCACAAUGGACUGUGCCGUCAAGAUCAUGAAGCACGAGGGACCAAAGGCGUUCUACAAAGGUACUGUUCCUCGGCUGGGUCGGGUGUGUCUGGACGUGGCCAUAGUCUUCAUUAUCUAUGAGGAAGUUGUGAAGGUCCUGAACAUUGUGUGGAAGACGGACUGAAAUGGUGCACUGUGCAAGCAGGAGUGUUGGAACAGGUCGUUCACAUUAUUAACCAGACCAGGUCCCAACCCAGUCUCCUUAAACCCUGCUUCUAGGUUCUAAUAUCUACCUCUAAGUGAUUUUCAGAAGGAAAGACAGGGAUCGGUAUGUUCUUGAUUUUAUUUGUAACACAGCUAUCACAAGUGGAAACAUUGUCUGCAAGAAAACAAGCUCCAGAUUGCAGUCGCUGCUUACACUUGCUCUUUUUGCCUAAAUUCCAGAAGGGGGGGGGGGGAGUUCCUUAAGAGCUCAGGGAAAGGAACAGGGCUUUUAUUUGGAUCUAAAUGACUAAAGAAAUGGUGAACCUGGCAGCACAGAGAAGCGUGUCUUACCUGCUGCGCUUUGAGUUCAGUUAUACCAGCGCUGGAUGUACUUUAAUCAAAGAGAAACCAAUUUCCUGACCCAACAUAAUGUGAUUUAGACACUGUAGAUAAAGAGAUAUACUUGAAAUGAAAGAUUAUACCAGAGAUCAGACAUUUUAAAGCCCUUUUAUAUGCAAGUAUUUAGAUAAAAAAAAACGUUAUUUCAUUUAGUACCUGAUGAAAUAAUUUAUAUUCAGAUGUCGGCAGAGGCUAUAGGUACAUUAACUAGAAAUGCCUUAAAUCAGUGGUUCUCAAUGUGGGGUCCUUAGGGGUGUUCCAGGGGUCUUUCUGGGUGUUUCAGGGGGUCCCUAGCAAAAAGGGGGAAAUCAUUUAUUUUCGCUAUUCCAUCCAUAAGUAACACAAUGAGAUAAACUAUUUUGGGUCACAGGUUUUAUACACUUUCUGUAAUCAAAUCUAAAAGUAAAAGCCCUAUCAGAGGGGCGAGCCCUAAUUAAUCAUGAUUCCAGUUAAAUUGCGUUGUAUAUGUACAGUGCACAUUUCCAGAAAAUUGUGGUUGAGGUGGUGUAGCAAGGGUUCGCUUUUAAGUUGCAGAGAUUUUUUAUAAAUCAAUUAACUUACUAGAGUGAUGCUCUAAAAAAGUGCCUAUGUGUUGUAUGAUUCAUUUAGAGAUCUUUUGAGAUUAACAAUGUCCGUAGUCACUACAGAUGUUUUAAUAAUGCACUCAGUUGCACACACUGCAGUGGUCUUCAUAUCUUAUUAAUUAAUUGUAACUUUUAGUAUUUCGAUGACUUUUCUGCUUUUCAAAUCGCCUUAAUUGCAUAGACAUGGCUGUUUGAGGAAUGCCAUUAACAGUGCCUUCCAUAUCAUUCCAUGAAGGACGAGUGGUUUAGGAAUGCUUUUUUUGCAGAUUUCCAGAUUCUGUGUUUUAAUUUAGAACUGCGUUGCAUUAAUUGCCUUUUUACUUUUUACACCAACUGAUGACCCAAUGUGCCAACUGCUGCUCACGUAUAUUAACGACAUGUUACAGACUGGAGUUUGUAGCUUGGGAGUCUGACAUGUUUACAUGCAAUGCAAUUAAUUGUCUGACAAAUGUUUACUUUGAGCCACCUUGAUCAGCUUCAGCCUGACUUUGCAUACAUGUAGACUUUUUUUUUUUGUCAGAGCUAUUUAAAUAUCUUGGGAGUUUUAAUAUUAACACAUAAAACAUGUCCAGUAGUUAAAACCACGUAUUGUGCCUUCAGUCUAAUUAAUUCUAAUAUGGAUGCUGAAAAAUAAACAUUGAAUCAAACUGUUAA